CGGAAGCGAAAAGAAUCACAUACACACGAUUUACGUGGUUUCCCUACUCGAUGUGAGUAGGAACAAGAUUUACAUGAGCCUAUUUGACUUAUAGGUGGACAAGGAAAGGAAGAGGGAGCUUUGGCAGUAGCUCUACCAAGACAAGGACACGGUUAAUCACAUGCAAUACUCACCCUCAAGCGAAGACAUGGAUAUCGAACAUACCGAGUUUAGUAAGGAGAUGUCGAAAUUGAUCAAGACCAAGGCAUUUUGUGAGAAGAAUCGCAGGUUGCUCGAUAGUGGCGAUCUUACAUGGCGUUAUGUGUGAGGCUUGAACUUGUUCACGGACGAAAUAGCAAUCCAUCUCACAAAAUCUGAAGUCAGUUUCCGUCCAAAUUUGAAGUCAGACCAACGGACCCAUUUGGCUGAUAUUCUGGGAAUAAAGCAAGUGGUAGCUCACCAAAAGUAUCUAGGCCUUCCUACGGUGGUUUGCAGACAAAAGAAAGAAGUUUUUGGGGGUACUAGUGGAUAGAGUGAGGAAGAAGAUCAAACAUUGGAAGGGCAAGAUGCUUUCAGUGGCAGCUAAAGAGGUUUUAAUCAAGUCAGUGGCUCAGUCACAAACCACCUACACUAUGUCAGUGUUACAGGUUCCUGAUGGGGUACUUGAUGAACUAAGGAAAGCUAUCUCAAGUUUUUGGUGGGGCAGCAGAAGGAAGAGAGACGUAUCCCUUGGAAGGCUUGGAAAAAACUCUGUAAGCCUAAAGAAGAGAGAGGCUUAGGAUUCAGAGACCUCAAGACCUUUAAUUUGGCUCUACUGGGGAAACAGAUAUGUAGCCUCUUUCAAAACCCAACAUCGCUGGUAGCACGAGUCCUGAAGGCUAAAUAAUAUCCGAAUACAGAUGUGCUCUAGCCAAGGGUGGGGUAUAAUCCUAGCUUCACGUAGAGAAGCCUAAUGGCAGCUCAUACAAUGGUUUGGAGAUGGAAGAAUGGCUAAUAUCUGGCAGGUCAGGUGGCUGGCAAAUGCAGAGGAAGAUGGCUACAAGGUAACCACUCUACAGUGUGCAAUUGGGGAGACAUCCACAGUUGUUGAGCUAAUUGAUCAUGACAGCAGAUCAUGGAAGUCUAAUAUCCUACAACAGCACUUUAAUCAAGUGGACAGAGUCAACAUUCAAGGGACCCCGAUCCCUAGACAACCGACACAAGAUGAGCGAGUAUGGUGCUUCUAGAAGAAUGGCAGGUAUUCUGUAAAAACAGCUUAUCGGUACUGGUUCAAGAAGAAAACAGAACAUGAGAUACAUUGGGAGGAAGUGAUGCUCGAGACUGAGGAACAUGGGACAAAAGUGGAGGUGUAUGAACCUAUGAAUUGGAAGCGUCUAUGGAAACUCACUAUCCCCCCAAAGGUAAAGGUUUUUCCUAUAGAAACUGGCUCACAAUAUACUCCCCACAGGGAAGAACUUGGAGACCAGGAAGAGGGAUGCAAGCCCCAACUGUCCUUUUUGCUAUAUGAUGGAAUCCCAAAAUCAUAUCUUCAGGGAGUGUGAGUGGGCAAUACGAAUAUGGAAACCUACUUCCUUCAGGAAGCUAUUCGAACUAGAUGGAACCCUAUCUCCUGGGAGCUGGUUGUGCGAAAUAAUGGAAAUGGUAGAUGAUGACACUCUAGGGCAGUUUGGGGUUCUGCUAUGGUUCAUUUGGUAUGAGAGGAACAAUCAGUGCUAUAACAACCACAAGGAAGAGGAAUGGGAAAUCGCUGGAAAAGUGAUCGCUCACUGGGAGGAAUACCAAAACCAGAACAACCAGGGGACGAUUCAGGCAGAGGAGCGAAGCCGUACCUGGCAAAAACCACGGUGGGGUGGCUGAAAAUGAAUGUUGAUGUGGUAGUGGUGACUGGCAAGGGCACAGGAUACGGAGCUGUCGUACGAGACGAGAUGUGGAAUUUCCUGUAUGCAGCAGUCAGAAGAGAGCGAGCUCAGUGGUCACCGGAUUUGGCUGAAAUCCGGGCGAUCCAAUUCGGUUUCCGGUUGAAGGAAAUGCAUGACCUCCGGCAGAUUGUGGUAGAGACGGAUUGCCAGACUAUCUUUCUAUCGCUAAAGAACAAGGGGAGGACAAGGACAGAUGCUGGGCUUUUGAUUGAGGAGAUCGAAAUGGAAGCUAACAGGACCGGGUCGAUCAAAUGGAGCUUUGCAAGAAGGGAAUGCAACCAAACAACCCACUUACUGGCCCACACACAAUGCUCUUGGGAUGCAGAGGAGUUUUGGGCUGGAAGGCCACCUGUCUUUCUAUUAUCUAUUUUGGAACAUGAUACCAUAAUCAAUUAAUAAACAUCUAGGUUUUGAUUGUAAAAAAAAAAAAAGAGUUUUUGUUCAAGAAAGAAAUCUUAUUGUAACUCUUCAUAUCCAGUUCAUCCUUCAGAACCAUAUCACAUCCUGGAUCUUAUGAAAUAGAAUGGAUAUAUUAACUAUUUCUUUCUUUUCCGAUCGCUUGGAAGAGACAAAAGAAACAUCUUAUCCUUUCUUCUACAAUUUAUGAUCUCUAGUGGGCAUCUUCGUAGGAUUCAAACAUAGAUGAAGUUUAGACCACCUGUUAGAGAAAAUAUUGUAUGAUUCCCAAGAACUUCUUCGAUUUUUUCUACUUCCGUGAAUAGCCAUGACAUUGAUGACUCUUCAGAAGGGCAUUUAGGGAAUUGGUCUGAUACUAUCUCUGUUCGUUCCGUUUGAAGAAAGGAAAGGUCACAAAGAAUUGAUCUUUCUUUUCGUUUUAGUUGUUUAAUCUCUCUUUGAUGGAUCAAUGUGUGAUAUCCCGAAACCUUAUUACUAAUAGAAUCGAAAUGAUCUU